UGUGUAAUUCUGUGGUCCUUUAAUAGUUUCUUUAUUGCAAUAGUUUUUCUAAUAAAAAUAUAAGUUUUUCCAUACAACCUAUUUACAUGGGCACCCGUACUGUACUUUAAUGUGAAGUUUCUUGUCUCUGUCCUAGUUAUUUGUCAAAAAUGACAAUCAUUCGUAAUUUUGUAAGGGUAAAUUUUUUUAUACGACAGCCAAAACAAGUCUCGAAUUUCUUGAUAAUCGCUCGACGAGGCUAUGUGAAGGAUGGAACAUUCGACUAUGAUCUGGCAGUCAUUGGUGGUGGGUCUGGAGGGCUCGCAUGCGCAAAGGAGGCUGUGAAUCAUGGAGCCCGUGUUGCGGUGCUCGACUAUGUGACGCCCUCUCCACAGGGCACCAAGUGGGGACUUGGAGGCACUUGUGUUAAUGUUGGAUGUAUACCGAAGAAGUUAAUGCACCAGGCUGCAUUACUUGGAGAGAGCAUACACCAUUUGGUAAGUGGAACCAAUACCCUGGCCUUCCCUGAGUCCUGUCAUCCUAUCCUUACAACUUGGAUUACACCUGAAAGAGGGGGACCAGAAAUGCAAGAAAUAGCAUUGAACGGAAUGAACACCCGAAACGGGACGAUGUGCCCCGCUGCCGAUACGGCCUACAAGGUAGAAUGCGAAGCAGUAUCAUAUGGUUGGCAAAUCCCGGAUUUAGACUCGAUCAAAAUCAAUUGGGCGAAUCUGACAGAAUCUGUUCAGAACCACAUUAAAUCUGUCAAUUGGGUGACCAGAGUGGACUUGAGGGACAAGAAAAUCGAGUAUAUUAACGGACUAGGAGAGUUCAAGGACCCACAUACGAUUGUAGCAACACUCAAGAACGGGUCGAAGAAGGAGUUGACGGCGAAGCAUGUUGUGUUAGCGGUCGGUGGCAGACCCAACUACCCUGACAUUCCUGGUGCUAUAGAAUAUUGUAUCAGCAGUGAUGAUAUCUUCAGCUUGGGCCAUCCGCCGGGGAAGACUUUGGUGGUCGGUGCUGGAUACAUCGGCUUGGAAUGCGCGGGCUUUCUCAAUUCCCUCGGCUUCCCCGCGACGGUCCUGGUGCGGUCGGUGCCACUCCGCGGGUUCGACCAGCAGAUGGCGUCGAUGAUCACCAACGAGAUGGAGCAGCGUGGCGUCAAUUUCGAGCACAAAACUAUUCCCUUGUCUAUUGAGAAGCUGGAGUCAGGGAAGCUGAAAGCGCGCUGGCUCAAUACCCAGACACAGGAACAGAAAGAGGACGUAUUCGACACGGUAUUGAUGGCCACUGGACGAUACGCGCUGACCAAGGCUCUUAACUUAGAUGUCGCUGGUGUUAAAUGCCUUUCGGAAACUGGUAAAGUAAUAGCGGAUACAGAGCAAACUAACGUGGCGCACAUCUACGCCGUGGGCGACGUGCUGGAAGGUCGGCCCGAGCUGACGCCAGUGGCCAUCCACGCGGGGCGCCUCCUGGCCCGGCGCAUUUUCGCCGACUCACCGCACCAAAUGGACUACGAAAACGUCGCCACCACUGUCUUCACGCCGCUCGAAUAUGGCUGCGUCGGCCUCAGCGAGGAGGCUGCUAUUCAGAGAUUCGGCACGGAGAACAUCGAAGUAUACCACCAGUUCUACAAACCGACGGAGUUCUUCAUCCCGCAGCGCAACAUCCGCAACUGCUACCUGAAGGCCGUGGCGAUGCGCGCGGCGCCGCAGAAAGUGCUCGGUUUGCACUUUGUCGGUCCGGUCGCCGGUGAGGUCAUACAGGGCUUCGCUGCUGCCAUCAAAUGCGGUUUGACGAUGGAGCAUCUGAUGAAUACAGUGGGCAUUCACCCCACUGUGGCGGAGGAGUUCACUCGCCUCAACAUCACCAAGCGCUCCGGCAAGGACCCCAACCCUGCAUCCUGCUGCAGCUAAACUAUCAACCACCUUGUAUACUUAAAACUUGCACUACACCUACAUACUGUAAUCUAGUAGUUCCUGCGGACCAAUGUUAUACACAUUUGUAACGUUAUCUUAACCAAGACACUAAAAGAUCUCGGGACUUGCCCAGGCUUCGGUAUUCGUAAUUAGCUAUAAAAAUGUACACGGUUCACGAACUUAGAUUAUUUAUUAUACCGUCGAAUUAAUGUCAAACAAAAUUAUCGAAUAUAAUAUCCUCCAAGUACUGAAAAAAUAGUGUACUACUUAAUGUCGGAUAGUUGUAAAGUUACUUGUUUCAAAAUGUCUUAAAAGCAUGAAAAAAUAUAAUUAUUGGCGAUAUGUAGAGAAAUAAGCUACUCAAAAGUAGUUUUUAUGCUUUUAUAGAUAGGAUUGUUUGUCGUUAAAGCGACGAUGCAGAUGAACGUUAUAAAUGUGUGUAACAUUUCAUUACAGACCCCUGAGAUUCUUCGUUAAAACGGGCAGUAAGAAUUACUUGCGUAAGCCUAAGAUAUUUGUUAAAUUGGGCAGUCAGAAUCAUUUACAAACGUCAAAGAUCAAUCAUGCAUUCAGAAUCAAUUGUAUCGCCUAAGAGUCUUUGUUAAAUCGGUCAGUAAGAAUCUAUUGCAUACACCUAGGAUUCUUUGGUAAAUUGCCAGUGUGAAUGAAUUGCAUGCACCUAAGAUGUCAAGUUGGCAGUAAGAAUCAAUUGUAUACCCCUAAGCUUCUUUGUUAAAUCAGCCAGUAAUCAAUUGUGUAACAUUAUAUUUUCCGAAACGUAUACCAACAUUUAUUAAUGUUAGGUAUCUGUGGAUCUCAGGAAGGAAACACCACGUACGUGAAUACCGUGCUGUAUACAUACCUUUUAUAGAUGGAAUUAACGAGGUGUCCAAGAGAAUACGUGUUACUUUAGUUUAUUAGCUGAAUUAAGAUACGAAAGGAUGCUAAAUAAGACGCACCCUGUAAAUACUCCGGAAAAUAAGGCUUUUCAGUAAAAUAUUUUUGUUAUGUAUAAUAAAAUUAUUAUAUGUUUACAACCAAGUUUACCUUACGCCGUCUAAAAGUAUUAGCCGCGCAUUUCGAAGAAAUAAUUUGUUACUUUUAACUUGUUAAUAGUUAGGGUUGUCUUAUUGGAGCAUCGACUACAAAUUAGAUCUAUUCUAUAUGAUAGUACAAACCAAUUAAAUGUGUAAAAUGAAUUGUUGCCUCCAUUGAGGAAUUUGUGAACAAAACUUUAUGAUAUUAUUGUUAUGUGA